AUGGAUAUAAUACCACAGGACCUUACAGUGGAAAUAUUGUCAAUAUUUGGUGUUUUGGGAUCGGCCUGGAUAGUAUCAAAUCUUUUGAGUUCGAAUGAGAGAAGCUUAUUCGACCGAAUAUUUAAGCGCUAUAAUAAAAUCGACAAUAUUUACCAGCUUCUGCCGAUACUACAGAAGAAUUCUAAGAGGCUAUUUUUGUUCUUCAGUGAUUUAACAACGUCACUUAAAUCAGUUUUGUCCGCAAACGACGCCGGCAUCACUAAGGAAAUGGUUGAGGGCAUAUUAUCGCACGAGUACUAUAAAAAUAAAAUAAUAGAAGUUCAAAACGAAGUAUUUAAGGAAUUUAAUGUUGAUUACAAGGAGGUGGAAGAGGCAACGAAGAGGUUUUCACAGGACGAUCAAGUGGAGUUCUACGUGUCCGGCGUAAUGAGAAUGUACGAUUCAGUCUUGAAUUGUACAUACCCACAGUGCCCAGGAGUUGAGCCUAACAGAGAGAUCACGCAAGCCAAGUACUUUGAAAUACUGGAAAAGGUGACAAUCACGGAGACGAAAAAGUGGAUACAAAAGCAACCAGGAAACGUAGGAAAUUGGGGUCCAGUAGGAACAGAAGAAGAAGUGGAAGGAGGCAAAACAAUAAACAGAUUCACAAGCGAUGCGAACACAAGGUUGAACACAGAAAACAGCGUCGCAGAUAGAAGCUCGACGGAGAGCGCAAGUAGUAACAUAAAGGCAGACACAAUCAGCAACAGUGGUAAGCACAGCGUCACCACCGAAGGAAGUAACACAGCAUAUGCGAUGCGAAGAAAUGCGAGUGAGACCAGUAGCAGAGAAAGAAGUAACAGCAGAGCAAGCCUGCUGAGAAAGAGCAGGAAGGGUGGAGGCAGCAGUGGAGUUGGCGGAACCACAAGUGGCAACGGAAUCGACGUGGAAGAAGAAAUGAAGAACAGCAAGGAGCUGCAGAACAUAAUAAUGAAGGAGCUGGCGAAGUACGGAUACGACAACUACCUGGACGCACUGGUGGCACUGAAGACAGCGGAAAACCACUUCUACUACUUCCCGAACUUCAACGCGUCAAAGAUGGCAAUCACAGCGAAGGUGAAGAAAGUGUACAGCUCUAACGACGUGCAAAAGGUGUCGAGGCACGAACUGGAGCUGAUACUGGAGACGAGCGAAGAGGACACUCUGGUGGCAGUGCUGCUCUUCGACGACCUAAUCGACGAAAGGGCGUUCAACAAGCUGGUGACGGUGAGCACAAGCGAGAGACCAAUAGAUGAGCUAAACAGGCAGUUUGGGCUGAAGUACCAGACGAAAUCGAACGGAACAAGCAACGGAGUGGCAUCUGGAACGAGCGGAGGUGAGGGAGCAAGUGUAGGAGAAGGAAGAAGUGAGAGUAGCAGCACAGCCAGCAAGGUGUUGAGUUACGUAAUGAAUGCAGCAGCGAGUAGGGAAGGGGAGGCAACAAAAGUAAACGAAGGAGAAGGCGAAGAACCGAGGACUAAUAAGAAUAAAGUGGUCACAGUGUGGUUAUUCAAAGAAGAAUUCAUAACAUCAACGAAAAUGCAAACGUACCCAGCACUGGUGAUAUUUAAUUCGGGCUCAAUGGAGGAGAUAAGGAGCAUAUAA